GUGUGUACCUCGGCUACUUCGGUUGUUUUGAAGGAUGAGUUCCAUGCCAUGUCAUCUUCCUUGACCCUGUGGAACACCAACUAAAUAGAGACGCAGCAGACUUUGCAACUAACAUAAGCUAGCCGCGUAUCAUAGUAUUCUUACGGCCAAAGAAACAUGGGCAAGAACGACUUCUUAACGCCUAAGGCGAUUGCCAAUAGGAUUAAGUCGAAGGGGCUUCAAAAGCUGCGAUGGUACUGCCAACUCUGCCAAAAGCAAUGCCGCGACGAGAAUGGAUUCAAGUGUCACCAGACCAGCGAGGGCCACAAACGCCAGAUGGAACUGUUCGGCAUGAAUGCGCACCGUGUUGUGGAGGGCUACUCAGAGGAGUUUGAAAGUGCCUUCAUGGAGCACCUGCGUCGUGCCCACCCUUUCUCCCGCGUGCUUGCUAAGAACGUGUACAACGAGUACAUCACGGACCGCCACCACGUGCACAUGAACUCCACACGCUGGCUCACCCUCACCGAGUUCGUCAAGUACCUGGGCAAGAGCGGUCAGUGCAAGGUGGAGGAGACGGAGAAGGGCUGGUACAUCACCCUCAUACACAAGGACCCCAAGAUGCAGCUGGAGGAGGAGCGGCGCAACAAGCGGUCCGAGGUGGAGCGGGAGGAGGAGGAGCGGCACAUGGCGGCACUGCAGGAGCAGAUCGAGCGCGCCAAGCGCGCCCGGCUUGAGAAGGGCGAGCCGCUGAGUGAGGAGGAGGAGGACGAGGAGGCGCACUGCCUGCAGAGAGACGAGACGGAGGGCCCCAUCAAGCUCAGCCUCGCCGCACCUCAGCCGGCAGCAGCGGCCGCAGCAGCAGCAGUUGCAGGCGGGGCAGGGACGUCAGGAGGGGCAGUCGCGGCGGGGCUGGGGCGGCUGGGGGCCGCAGCGGCCCGGGGGCUCCCUACGGCGGCUCCCGUCAGCGUGUUUGGAGACGAUGAGGAUGGGGAAGCAGGUGGUGGUGGUGGUGGCAGACCCACGGGUCAUGGCGGGCCAACACACAAGCGCAGCAAGCUGGACGAGCUCAUGCAGGCGGAGCUGCGCGCCAAGUCCAACGCGGCGGCCUCCUCCUCCUCCGCGGCACCCGAGGGGGGCAAGCGACUGGACUACUGGCUGGCUCCCGGCAUCGUGGUCAAGGUGCUCGCCAAGGAGCUCAAGGAGCAUGGGUACUACAAACAAAAGGGUGUGGUGGAGCGGGUGGUGGAGCGCUACGUGGCCGAGGUGGCCAUGCUGGGGGACGGCGCGGUGGUGAGGGUGGACCAGGCGCAGCUGGAGACCGUCAUUCCCUCGCCCGGGGGGGCGGUGCUGGUGGUGAAUGGAGCGCACCGGGGCUGCAGGGGCACGCUGCUCUCUAUCGACACCGCGCGCUACCAGGCGCAGGUGCGGCUGACGGAGGGGCCGGGUCGCGGGCGGGAGGUUUGGCUGGAGUACGAGGACGUGUGCAAGCUGGACAGCGGUGGCAGCAGCGGGGGUGGCGGCGGCGGUAGCGAUGAUGGGAAACACGGUGGAAGCGGUGGUGGUGCCGGGGCCGGCAGCAGCAGGAGGUGAUGUUGCUAAGGGGCGCUGUGCGGGCGCUGUCGUAGGGUACUCGGCAGCUGCGGCGGUGGCUGGUUGCGGUUGCUAGGGCAGCUGUUGCCUUGCUGGUGUGCAGACACUCCCUCGCACCGCUGGUGUAGGCGUAUGCCGGUAGGCGUGUGCAAGGGAGGUAUGUAUGUGUGGUCCGGCCGCGCUUUCCGACCCAACAAGCUGGCCUACCAGCAAAGAGUGCACACACUACAGCUCAUGCGGUUCUAUGGUGACAUCAUCUUCCGGCAAUCACAGUACGUUCCGCCUCGCGGCCAGUUUUCUUAACACACGCUACAGGUAGACCACACCCGCAUGUUUAGGCUUCCUCCGUGAUGAGGCACACCUGACUCCGUGAUUACGUAUGUACCACAGGAUUGAGGCAUGUAGCAUGCGACUCUGCAUGGGAUAGCUUGGUACUUGGCUGGUUUCAUGCCGGCUGGUGUAAAGCCUGCCAUUGACAGCUGGGGCCAUAGGCUGGUAUCACACCUGUAGUGCUGCUAUGUACCUGGUGAGGUUGGGGUUAGGGGCUGGUUUCAGUCUGCGCCAAAUACGGGCAUCCCGAUGGCUAGUGUAGCGCUAAGGACGGGAGCGGGCGAAAAGGCGCGUGUGCGUUAACAGUACUGGCGAAUGUGUGUAGCUGUAAAGGGGACUUCGCAGCGCAGAAACGAGGGGGC